AUGUACUCGGACAUAUUCGGUUAUCGUAUUAAUUUAAUUUUUGUUGCAAUCUCGGUUGCAGUUUAUGAUUUAGUUCAUAUUGCUUUUGCAUUUCUUGAGAGAUUUCAGAGAUUUCAAAGCUUUGAGAAUGCAGAUAUGGGAUGUCUCAACGACUUAUUUCAGUAUCAUUGCGUAGCAAUUUACACCGAUCUUGGAUUUUACACGCUCGAUUUCGUGUUUACGUUGCUUUUGAUUUAUGGUGUUAAGUCGUUCAAAUCAGUUCCAAUCCUCGCAUGGCUUCUGCUUUCUGGAUUUCAUUUAAUAGAUUUUCUUUUAUGGUUCACACCGUUUCUUGGGCCUCCAGUCUCUGUAUCUGAUAUUGAUUUACUAAUGUGGGCUGACAUAGGUGUAAGCACCGCGGGAUUUAUCUUCGUGAUCUAUUUCUAUAAGAAACUUCUUCAAAUUGAACAAGGAUCGAUAGAACGGGAACAACUGACAAAUGUCGAAGACCUUCGAAUAACUGGCGUUGAUUUGGAGGCGUAUUAA